AUGGCCCCAAAAGCUGAAAAGAAACCUGCCUCAAAAGCCCCAGCUGAAAAGAAACCAGCUGCUAAAAAAACUGCUUCUACUGAUGCUAAGAAAAGAACCAAAACCAGAAAAGAAACUUACUCAUCAUACAUUUACAAAGUUUUAAAACAAACUCACCCAGAUACUGGUAUUUCCCAAAAAGCUAUGUCAAUUAUGAACUCAUUCGUCAACGAUAUCUUUGAAAGAAUCGCUGGUGAAGCUUCUAAAUUAGCUGCUUACAACAAAAAAUCAACCAUCUCUGCCAGAGAAAUUCAAACUGCUGUUAGAUUAAUCUUACCAGGUGAAUUAGCUAAACAUGCUGUUUCCGAAGGUACUAGAGCUGUUACUAAAUAUUCUUCAGCUUCUUCAUAA